AUGGCGCCAAGGAGGAACGGGCAGUGUUGGUGUCUGCUGUGGCAGCUUUGGGUCUCCGCGCUUCUCUCCUCUGUUACCCGGACCCACGCCGAGACAGAACCAGCUUCCCAGGGCCAAGUGGACCUCAUGGAGAUCAUUGGCCUCCCGCUGUCCCCGUCCGUGUCCUUUGUCACAGGCUAUGGGGGCUUCCCAGCCUACAGCUUCGGGCCUGGCGCCAAUGUGGGCCGCCCAGCCAGCGUCCUCCUCCCGCCCACCUUCUUCCGGGACUUUGCCAUCAGUGCCAUCGUGAAGCCCAGCAGUGACCAAGGUGGCGUGCUCUUUGCCAUCACAGACACCUACCAGACGGUCAUCCACCUGGGCCUGCAGCUCUCGGGGGUGGAGGAUGGCCAGCAGCGGAUCAUCCUCUACUACACGGAGCCCGGCUCCUCCGUGUCCCACGAGGCUGCUGCCUUCUCAGUGCCGGUGAUGACCCACCGGUGGAACCGUUUUGCUGUGACCGUCCAGGACAAGGAAGUGACCCUCUUGGUGGACUGCGAGGAGCACAGCCACGUCCCCUUCCAGCGGUCCUCCCGGGCCUUGGUGUUUGAACCCAGAGCAGGGCUCUUCGUGGGCAGUGCCGGCGCCAGGAAGCUGGAGAAAUUCAUCGGCUCCAUACAGCAGCUCACCGUCCACCCGGACCCCAGGGCCCCUGAGAAGCAGUGUGACGCCGAAGAGUCCUCGGCAUCAGGAGAGACCAGCGGGCUUCAGGAGACAGACGGAGUUGCUGAGAUCUUAGAAGCAGACACCUACACUCAAGCCCCGCCUCAAGAAGCAAAAGUUGAACCCAUAAACACACCUCCAACUCCUUCCCCCCAUUCUGAGGAUGCGGAGCUUUCCGGUGAGCCUACACCUGAGGGGACCCUGGAAACCACCAACCUGAGUGCCAUCCUGCACAGCAGCCCCGAGCAAGGCUCUGGUGAGAUCGUGAAUGACACCCUGGAGGGGGUUCAUACUCUGAACAGUACCCCCAUUACAGACGCUGGCUCAGGGGACGGGGCCUUCCUCCAUGUCACUGAGGAGGGUCCACAUACUGAAGGUUCGGCAGCAACGGUAGCAGCCGGGGAAGCCGAGGCGACUGUCAGCCCUGCCGGGGAAGCAGAGGUGACUGUCAGCCCUGCAGGGGAAGCCGACACAGGCGGCGUGUCCACCCUGGACCCCAGGGAAGGAGUCACUGCAGAUCCAGAUACUGAAGAAGGUUCUGCAGCGAUAGCCACAGGGGAGGCCGAGAUGCCCACCAGCACUGGCGGGGAGGCAGAGGCCAGCACUGUGCCCACCGGGGGACCGGCCCUCUUCGUGUCCUCCCAGGAGCCUGGGGAAGGGGUCACUCUGGGUGCCGUCGGGGAAGGAAGCCUGACAACAGCGGCAGCUGCUGCAGAAACGCCCCUCAGCACUUGUGAGGACGAGGACGAGGAGGCCAGCGGGGUUCCCACUGGUGGCCCACCGUCCAUCAUCCCCACAGCGGCCCCGGAGCGCGCGGUCACUCCUGGUCCCAGUGAUGAAGAAGACUUGGCUGCACCCACCACAGAGGAGCCCCUUUCCACGGCAGGCGCAGAGGAGUUGGGCAGCGCUCCCCCUGGGGCGCCCCCGCUCCCCAUCCCCACGGUGACUUCUAAAGCAACGGUCCCUCCGGUGGGAGCGGAGGCUGAGGGCUCCGACCUGGGCUGGAACGUGGACAGCGGCUCUGGCUCCGGUGACCUGGGGCACAGCGAGGAGCUGUUGAGAGGUCCCCCAGGCCCGCCAGGCCCACCUGGCUUACCUGGGAUUCCAGGAAAACCAGGAACUGAUGUUUUCACGGGACCCCCUGGGUCUCCUGGAGAGGACGGAGCUGCCGGUGAACCCGGGCCCCAGGGCCCCAAGGGACAGCCUGGACUUGAUGGAGCCUCUGGCCUUCCCGGGAUGAAAGGAGAGAAGGGAGCAAGAGGGCCCAAUGGCUCAGUCGGUGAAAAGGGUGACCCCGGCAACAGAGGCUCACCAGGACCCCCAGGGAAAAAUGGACAAGUUGGCACUCCUGGGAUCAUGGGACCGCCAGGGCCUCCUGGACCCCCUGGGCCCCCGGGCCCUGAAUGUGCAGUGGGGCUUGAAUUUGAGGAAAUUGAAGGAUCUGGAAGGAUUGGGCUGCGGAAUGAACUCGGAAUCUCUGGACCAAAGGUUUCAAGUGGUCUCAAAGGAGAAAAAGGUGACCCAGGACUCAAGGGUGAACGAGGGAUGGAUGGAGACAGCAUUGUGGGACCCCCUGGGCCCAGGGGACCGCCAGGGCGCAUCGAGGUCUUGUCUAGUUCUUUGAUCAACAUCACCCAUGGAUUCAUGAAUCUCUCGGACAUUCCUGAGCUCGUUGGGCCUCCAGGCCCCGAGGGUGUGCCUGGGCCGCCUGGGUUUCCAGGCCCCACAGGACCAAAAGGUGACACUGGUGUGCCUGGAUUUCCAGGACUCAAAGGAGAUCAGGGUGAGAAGGGAGAGCCGGGUGCCAUCCUGACGGGGGACAUUCCUCUGGAACGGCUGAGGGGGGAAAAGGGUGAACCUGGGAUGCACGGAGCCCCAGGACCGAUGGGGCCCAAAGGACCACCAGGACACAAAGGAGAGUUUGGCCUCCCCGGACGACCUGGUCGCCCAGGACUGAAUGGCCUCAAGGGCACCAAAGGAGAUCGAGGGGUCAUGAUGCCGGGCCCACCUGGCUUACCUGGUCCUCCAGGCCCCCCCGGAUCACCUGGAGCUGUGAUUAACAUCAAAGGAACUGUCUUCCCCAUACCAGCCCGGCCGCACUGCAAAACACCGGUUGGUACUGCUCAUCCUGGGAAUUCAGAACUCAUCACCUUUCAUGGUGUUAAAGGAGAAAAAGGAUCCUGGGGUCUUCCUGGCUCAAAAGGAGAAAAAGGCGACCAGGGGGCCCAGGGACCACCAGGCCCUCCGAUGGAUCCAACAUACCUGAGACAUUUUCUGAACAGCUUGAAGGGGGAGAAUGGAGACAGGGGGUUCAAAGGAGAAAAAGGAGACUCCGUCGGCGACUUCUCUGUGUCAGGGCCUCCGGGCCUGCCAGGAAGUCCAGGCCUGGUUGGUCAGAAAGGGGAGACUGUCGUUGGGCCCCAGGGACCCCCAGGUGUUCCUGGCCUGCCUGGGCCACCUGGCUUUGGAAGACCUGGUUCUCCUGGGCCACCAGGACCCCCAGGGCCACCAGGACCUCCGGCUAUCCUAGGAGCAGCUGUGGCCCUGCCAGGCCCUCCCGGCCCUCCAGGACAACCAGGGCUCCCCGGAUCCAGAAACCUGGUGACCGCCUUCACCAGCAUGGGUGACAUGCUGCAGCAGGCGCAUUUGGUGAUAGAAGGGACGUUCAUCUACCUGAGGGACAGCGCUGAGUUUUUCAUUCGUGUCAGAGACGGCUGGAAAAAGUUACAGCUGGGAGAACUGAUCCCCAUUCCCGCCGACAGCCCUCCACCGCCUGCGCUUUCCAGCAACCCACAUCCGCUUCAGCCUUCACUGAUGUCUCAUUCAAGUGCCAAUUAUGAGAGGCCUGCACUGCACUUGGUUGCUCUGAACAUGCCAUUUUCUGGGGACAUUCGAGCUGAUUUUCAGUGCUUCCAGCAGGCCAGGGCUGCAGGACUGCUGUCCACCUACCGAGCAUUCUUAUCCUCCCAUCUGCAGGAUCUCUCCACAGUUGUGAGGAAAGCAGAGAGAUACAGCCUUCCAAUAGUGAACCUCAAGGGCCAAGUACUUUUCAAUAAUUGGGACUCGAUUUUUUCCGGCCACGGAGGUCAGUUCAGUACACAUGUUCCAAUAUAUUCCUUUGAUGGCCGAGACGUGAUGACAGACCCUUCUUGGCCCCAGAAGGUCGUUUGGCACGGCUCCAACCCCCACGGAGUGCGUCUUGUGGAUAACUACUGCGAAGCCUGGCGGACGGCCGACGCGGCAGUCACGGGCUUGGCCUCCCCCUUGAGCGCGGGGAAGAUGCUGGACCAGAAAGCAUACAGCUGCGCUAGUCGGCUCAUUGUUCUCUGUAUCGAAAACAGUUUCAUGACAGACGCUAGGAAGUAAUGACCUUCCCAUGAUCCUUAAGAGUUUCCCAAUUUUUCUUAUGUGAAGAGUUGACACUGAAAUCUAAAAUGUUUAAAUGUUGUAAAUAUUAGUGGGUUUUUUUUUUUUUAUGACACAUUCAUACAACAGCAACCAAAGAAAACAUACCUCAAUGCACUCACAACUGAAGCCAUCAAGGACUCAGAUCACAGAUGAGCAUCUGACCCACAUACUGGUGCUAGAUUCUGUAGGAAGCGCCACGCAGGGCGAAUGCGUCCCAGCAGCGUCCAGAGCACGCUGCAGACA